AUGAAGAAAGCAAAGGGGGCGAAACCGCCGACCAGCCCCCUGAUCUUACAGCUGCUGAUCCCUAAAGGGAUGGCACAGCCUGCUUCGGCCGUGGGGUAUAUCCUCAGCCAUAAGGUAGAGCACCUUCAACUGCCUGUGGUGGACGCUGGAACCCGCGAGUCCUUGCCGCUGGAAGAGGAGGUCAACAGACGGCUGUUGAAGCAAAUCGAUUGGGCGCCGCCCGGCUCUGAGCCUCUAACGAGCCCCUCGCUCCGGGCCGACCCGCGCGCGCACAGAGGGGUCCGCCCUUUGAAGUCAAGACUGUUCGCGAUGAGGGCAAAGGGGACGGGAACUGUCUACCGCACGCUGUUUCACUGUCGCUGUGGGGCCAUGGAGACGACACGCUGGAGGCCAACGCCUCGUCAGUAUCUCCUGUAUUCCCUCCGUUCGCUGUACCAGGUACUACGGUCGUUGUUGAAGGAAGUCUUCCUGGACAGGCCCAGCGAGGCUAUCUUGUUUUCCGUUUGGUGUAAGGAGCAAAAGCGGGUAAACGAGGCGACCGGAGGAAGCGCCUCCUUCGAAAUGGCAGCCGGCGAGUUGCGGGCGGAAUGGCGCAUGGUUAUGGAGGCAGUCAAGACGCCGUCAGCCCACCUCUCCUCUUUCCACGUCUUCGUGCUCGCCCACGUCCUACGACGUCCGAUAGUGGUCUACGGGAAAAAUCAUGUAUACGGUGCCAACAACAGUGAGGCGUUUGUUCCGUCUGACAUGCCCGGGAACUACCUCCCGACUUUGGAGCACCAAGACAAGUGCUACAAGUCAGCGAUUGCGGUGGCUUACACCUGCCCCGCUGUCGGUAGGGCUGGCCACUUUUCUCCUCUCGUCGGGAUGUCCAAGCAGCUGAAAUAUAUUCCCUCGGUAGACGAGCAUGGAAAAAAUUUGCGGGUUAGGUAA